UAUCACUGUGAAUGUAACUGCUAAUGACCAUGUGUUUUCCUCUUCUAAACAAUCAGCUGCUGAUAUGCGGUUAGCAAUCAGUUAUAGCGCCUUACCGCGGGAACAUACACCACUGGUCAGGUGAACCUUUUCCACACAGAUGGACCAGCAGUAUGGGUAAUGCUACCCAUUGCGUCGACCAAGCAGCGUCCCGGCUGGGGAUGGCGAGUCUUCACUGGCCGGUACUCCUUUUUAUCGUGGUCCUCUUUGCGCUCGGCUUCACCGGAAACAGCCUGGUCUUCUAUAUGUACCAUUUUCGUUUGAAGAAAAAUAUAUUCGGAUCAUUUGUCCAGAUCUUAGCUGCACUGGACAUGGUCAUUGUGUUUAUCUGCCUACCGUGUACUUUCCUGCUUCGUUUUGUUUACGACAUUGUUGAUGCCUCCGUAAUUUGCAAGACACAGACUUUCGCAAAGCACUUCAGCUCUGCCAUGAUGGGCGUGGUGCUCUCAGCCAUUGCCUACCAGAGAUAUCAGAAGGCCUGCAAACCAUUUGGACAUCACAUGACGAGGUCCUUUGUCCUGAAACUGUGUUUCACUGGGGUCUGCUUGGCAUUGAUAACAAGCACUCCCUUAAUAUACCUGAUCGAAAAGACAAUAACCAAUGUUACAAAAGGAAAUGAAUCUUAUUGUGUACCUACUUGUGAUUAUGCAAGAAACGAUUGGUUCUCCUUGUCCUAUGCAAUAUUUGUGGAUGUUGAAUUCGUUGCAUUUACAAUGUUCUUAGUUGUUACUUAUUUCAAGAUUUGGAAAGAUCUAGGUAAACGUUUUGCUAAAACUGGAUCAAGAAAGGUUUCAAUCAGAGUAUUCUUUGUAUCAGCAAUAAUCUACAUCGUUUCAGGACUGCCGAUCAUGGCGAUUUCAACAUGGUUUAGUGUUCACGAAAACGUGCAUGCAUUCUCGCACCUUCUGUUGACAGCGUUUGACAUUGGGGUUUAUCUCCCGUAUGUUAACUGUGUUGUCAACCCAAUCAUAUACAGCUUGGCGUCAACCUUGUUCCGGGAUGAAUGCUGUGCACUAUGUCACUGUACACAACCUGAAUAAAUCGGCAUGGAUAAUAAUUCAGCUCUCAGUUCACGUUCACGUUCAUGCAAGAUUCCAUUAUGUUAUAACUAUAUAGGUGAUUUAUUUAUUGCUUAUCUUUGAACGAUGACUAAAAUUCUCAUUCUAAACAUCUCCGUUUUUAUCUAUAUAAUUGAACAUAAUAUUCGUAAGGUUUGCGCUAGUAGUUCAGUUAGGAUUGUCACAACCCAACAGCCUCAUUUUGGUGGAAUACCCAGUGUCACAGAUCCUUUCAACUCACAGCCUGGGUUUCCUGUGCCCUGCUGACAAACUGAGAAUCAUGUUCAGCCCACAACUUCCCAGCCAUUACUCACAAUAAAUUUACAAAAUUACUUCGUCAUGCGCUAAGUUUUAAAAAUAUUACAACUACAACUCUAACGUAGAAAUAUUUAUUUCACACAAAAAGUCUGUAUUGACAUUACUGUAAAGUUCCUGGAAAGAAUGAACACACAGUAACUUAAUAAUGAUCCUAUCUGAAACACAUACACCAUUUUGAAAACCCUACCACACCACAAUCCAUCUCUCAAUAUGACACAUAAUAUUCUCUGCUGGUUGUCAUGGGUACAUUUCAAGGAUGUGAAACCUGAAAUGAUUGAAAAGCAAGGUCUAUGAGUUGUGUUUUAGUUAAAGUGUAUUAUGUUUAUUUGUUGUUUAAUAUUACAUGCACACUCCGCAAUAUUCCAUGGUGCCGGUCAGUAAAUAAUCGAGUCUGGAGGAGACAAUCCACAUGACAUGACAUUCAUCAACCAAGCCUGACCAAUACGCUGGUUGCCAUACAUUAUGUACCACUAGAAAUGCUAAUUAUUAUAAUAUAGUGUAAGGGGAAUAUACUUCUGUCACUACCUGAAUAAUCUGGAAGCCUAAAACUCAUAUUCACACUGUGAAAUAAAUACUUUGAAAACAUUCAUACCAAGGUAUGCAUAAGUGCAUAUAUAUGUACACACAAAUACAUUUCUGUAUGUAUAACAAAAGAUAUGACAUCAUUUAGAAGCAAUGGCUUUUCUCAUGUUAUCAUGAACGGCAAUUGUACAAUGAAUCUGAGUAAACACAGAAUCAAAUCUACAUUGAUAGUUUUUCAU